UAGUACCCUUAAAAAAAUUGUUACAUCUGUUUCUGAUAUAAUAUUCUUCCAAAAAGUCAUAAUAAUAAUAAUAAUAAUAAAAAUAAAAGAUUAAUCAAUGGAUAGAGAAGCAAAUCUGAAAAUCAACUGGGAAAGGGUAUCUCCGGAUUCUCUCAAUCUUGCAGGUGUGAAUGUUGCAAUUGUUGGUGGAACUGGAGGACUUGGUCGUGCUAUCAGUCGUUUUAUGACUUCCCGCGGUGCAAAUGUAACUGUGGUUGGACAAACGUUCCGCGAUGAUGAUUUGAAAGGAAUUAAGUUCAUCAAAUCUGAUUUAAGUCUCUUGUCAGAAUCAGAACGUGUUGCAAAAGUCUUGCCAGUGGAAAAACUCAGUACUAUUAUUUUCACCACAGGUAUAUUUGCAGGACCCAAACGAGAAGAAACACCUGAAGGAAUUGAGCGUGAUAUGGCAGUCAGUUACUUAAAUAGAUUUGUUAUGCUUCGUGAUAUGAUUCCUAGAUUAAAACCAUCAAAGGAUAAUAUAAAGCCUAGAAUAUUUGUUAUGGGCUACCCGGGAAAUGGAAAACUUGGAGAAAUAGAUGAUUUAAAUUCCGAUAAAUCGUACAAAUCUUUAGCAACACACAUGACUACAGUUGCAGGAAAUGAAGCAUUGGUCAUUGAUACUGCGAUUAAACAUCCAGAAAUAAAUAUUUUUGGCUUAAAUCCUGGUUUAGUCAAGACUAACAUUCGUGAUAACUUUUUAGGAGAAAAUACUUGGAAGUCUAGAAUAGUUGAGUUUUUCAUUGGUAAAUUUUCUCAAAAUGCUGAUACAUAUGCCAGAAAUAUUACCCCGCUUAUUGUGUCGCCCAGUAUUGAGAAGUUCAGUGGAGCGAUGUUUAACAAUAAGGGAAAGUCUAUCCUAGCUUCUGCUGGGAUUACUGAUGAGUAUGCACAAAGAUUCAUGGUUGAGUCUGCAAAAUUGGUAGCUAGGGCAAAGACGGCUUGAGGGGCUCAAGUUGUAAGUAUAUAAAACAUGAAAUUCAGCGUAAAUAUUAAUAUUUUGGUAAAUUUUACUUGUAUC